CUGGUGCUGGGAGGAUGGCCGCUCAGCGAGUGUUCCCACUUUCCUGUGUGGUGCAGCAGUAUGCCUGGGGGAAGCUGGGGUCCAACAGCGAAGUGGCCCUACUCCUGGCUAGCAGUGACCCACUGGCCCAGAUCUCAGAGGACAAGCCAUAUGCAGAGCUGUGGAUGGGGACCCACCCCCGGGGGGACGCCAAGAUCCUUGACAACCACAUCUCACAGAAGACCCUAGGCCAGUGGAUUGCUGAGAACCGGGACUCCUUGGGGUCAAAGGUCAAGGACAGUUUUAAUGGCCAGCUGCCCUUCCUCUUCAAAGUGCUCUCAGUUAAAACGGCCCUGUCCAUUCAGGCACACCCUAACAAGGAGCUGGCAGAAAAGCUGCACCUCCAGGCCCCAGAGCACUACCCCGAUGCCAACCACAAGCCAGAGAUGGCCAUUGCCCUCACCUCUUUCCAGGGCUUGUGUGGUUUCCGGCCAGUUGAAGAGAUUGUGACCUUUCUGAACAAGGUGCCCGAGUUCCAGUUUCUGAUUGGAGAUAAUGCAGCGACACAGCUAAAGCAGAGCAUGAGCCACAACUCCCGGGCUGUGGCCUCUGCUCUGCGGAACUGUUUCUCCCACCUGAUGAAGAGCGAGAAGAAGGUGGUAGCGGAGCAGCUCAACUUGUUGGUGAAGCGGAUCUCCCAGCAAGUGGCUGCUGGAAACAACAUGGAGGACAUCUGUGGAGAGCUCCUGAUGGAGCUGCACCAGCAGUACCCAGGGGAUAUUGGUUGCUUUGCCAUCUACUUCCUGAACCUGCUUAUCCUGAAGCCAGGGGAGGCCAUGUUUCUGGAGGCCAACAUGCCCCAUGCCUACCUGAAAGGAGACUGUGUGGAGUGCAUGGCAUGCUCAGACAACACGGUGCGUGCUGGCCUGACACCCAAGUUCAUCGACGUGCCAACUCUGUGUGAUAUGCUCAACUACACCCCCAGUCCCAGCAAGGACCGGCUCUUUCCCCCAAAACAGAGUCAGGAAGACCCUUACCUCUCCAUCUAUGAUCCCCCUGUGCCGGACUUCACUGUUAUGAAGAUUGAGGUCCCUGGCUCUGUCACUGAAUACAAGGUCUUGUCAUUGGACUCUGCCAGCAUCCUCCUGAUGGUGCAGGGGACAGUCACAGCCAGCACGACCACAGCCCAGGCACCCAUCCCCCUGCAGCGUGGUGGGGUGCUCUUCAUUGGGGCCAACGAGAGUGUCUCGCUGAAGCUCACUGUGCCUAAUGACCUGCUGCUAUUCCGAGCCUGCUGUCUGCUGUAGAGGCCAUAGCCUCUGCAGUUGCCCUAAAUGCAGGCCAGCCUCACCUCCUCAGGCCCAGCCUAAACCCCCUUCCCUGCUGUGGACUCUUCAGGUAUACCCUGGAAGGUCUGGGGAAGAGAACAGUCACACAGAGGAAUAAGCUAGAAGGUAGUGACUCUGAGCACCCCCAGGCGAGACCAUCCUUUGGGAGGAAGACUAAGGACCAGCACUCCCCCUUGUAUUCUCACCACUCCUCACACCAGAGCCAGGCUUGCCUCAGCUCAGGAGGCAGCAGCUCUGCUCCAGCCUACAGCAUUAGGCUACUUCGUGAAAUCUAUGACCAAUGUUAGCAUCACCCGGAGCAAGAGGCUAGCUCAUUACUAUUUGCAAGCAGGGUUCUGGCUGUGGCACUGCCACUUCCUCAGCUGCAGAGAAGGCAGGCAGGCCUGUGUACUAAUGUUGCUCAUCCUCACCCUCUUACAGUGUCAAAGCAAUUAAAGAUCUCUUGUGUUGAGGCUGUGGGGUGAAGAGUACUUGGCCUCGGAUGUUCCUGUCCCUGAAGUGAGCUGAAAGCCCUCCCUGCAUGUUUCAUUUUUGCUUUCUUCCUGUUUCAGAAAGUUCCCAGAGGGUGGACAAGUUAGACUCUGGAGUCCUUUUAUUAGGAAGGAGUGGGAGGGGAGGAGGCCAGCUUCAGUCUCAGAUGGAGAGCUUGCAGGCAGGCCUUGGGCCUUCCAGGUCUGCAAACAAGACAGUAGCCAUCAGUGGAUGAUUCUCCUGUGUUUCAGUUGGUCCUAGAGCAGGGUCUGCAUACUGAGGCCAGCUGACCAAACUUGGCCUCACCCACUGAUUUACAUACUGCCUGGCUCCUUUCCAGCAACAAAGGCAAAGUUGAAUAGUUGUGCCAGAGACGGAAUGGCUUGUAAAGCUGAAACUUGACUAUCUGGCCCUUUACUAAAAAAAAGUUUGUCAACUCUUUCUCUAGAACACAUUCGAUCAUUGUAGAUUACAGGGAUUUGGGGACAGGAUGAUCAGUUUGCAUCAUGAGGGCAACCCAAUCUUUUCUGAGCUGGCAAGAGGUGCCUAGAAGGGGUCUAAUCUCUGUACCCACUUUUUAGGAAUUGGACGCACCUCUGCCAAGAGG